GCUAACUUCGUCAUCAGACAUCUACCUCUCUCUCUCUACAUUCAACUCAUUCCCACCCCCAAGAGUCCUUUCUCAUGGUGAAGGACAGUGGCAUACAGCCCCCGUACAGACGAAUAUCAUCCUGUUAAACUCAUCCAUUCGAAAAUGCCCAAUUUUGAGCAGUCAACCGUUGCAACGGUUCUCACCUUCGUCAAAAGCCAUCUCGUGCAAUGUCUUGUCGUGCUAUACGUUCUAAGCGUCCUCUAUGGCAGAUACCGACCAGGCCUUGCCCGCAUUCCUGGACCAACUCUCGCGAAGUGGACCAAACUUUGGAGGCUAUAUGAUGUCUACAAGUGUCAGUCUCAUCAGACCGCUAUCAGAUUACACCAACAACAUGGCCCGCUCGUUCGAAUCGCUCCCAAUGUUGUAUCCGUCGGGGAUCCCAAGGAAAUCAAAACCAUAUACGGAUUGACAGGUGCAUAUACAAAGUCCGCGUUCUACCCCAUCCAGAGUAUUUCCUGGCAGAAGAAGCCCCAGAUGAACCUUUUCUCGACACGCGACCCUGUUUACCACCGCGAGCAAAAGAAAAAGGUCGCUGGUGCAUACAGUUUGACCAAUCUCCUUGAAUCCGAAGCCGCCGUGGACUCCUGUACGGAGUUGUUCAUGUCUCGCCUCGACGAGUGGGCCACGACCGGCAAACCCAUUGAUCUAGGCAUGUGGCUCCAGUACUAUGCUUUCGAUGUGGUUGGCGAAGUCACCUUUGCGAAGAAGCUCGGAUUUUUGACCAUGGGCGGAGAUGUUGACGGCAUGAUGACAACGAUUGAGGGCAUUCUCGAUUAUGCAUCGCUGUGUGGACAAGUGCCUGAGAUGCACCCCCUCCUCCUGGGCAACCCCCUGUUCCCAAUCUUGAUCCCGGCGAUGGAGUCAUGGAAUGCCGUAUUGUCUUUCACUCUCAAGGCCAUCAACUCCCGUACAUCGAUCAAACGAGACGGCGAAUUAGAGCUGACCGAUGGCGGCGAGAAGGACAUGUUGUCCAGAUGGGCUGCUGUGAAGAACAAGGAUCCGCUGAAAAUGGGCACCCGAGACAUCAUCGUGCAUCUUUCAACCAAUGUGUUCGCCGGGUCAGAUACCACUGCCAUCGCUUUGCGAGCAGCCAUCUAUUUCCUGAUCAAGAACCCCGACAAGAUGAGGAAGACACUCGAUGAAAUCGACGCCGCCGACAAGGAAGGCAAACUCAGCGACCCGAUUUCCUACAAGGAGUCUAUCACCCAUCUCCCAUACACUGGCGCCGUCAUCAAAGAGGCGAUGCGGCUCCAUCCUUCAGUCGGCCUGCUCAUGGAACGACAUGUUCCGGCUCAAGGAGCAGAGAUAUGCGGCAAAUACAUUCCCGGGGGCACGAUUGUUGGCAUCAACCCAUGGGUUCUUCAGCACGACCCAAAUGUCUACGAGGACCCUGAGGCUUUCAUCCCCGAACGCUGGUUAACUGCCGAUGCCGACAAACUCGCCAGAAUGGAGACUAGUUUCAUAUCCUUUGGGGCAGGAUCGCGGACUUGCGUCGGCAAGAACAUUAGCCUCAUGGAGAUGCAGAAGUUGGUACCGCAGUUGUUGAGAGGGUACUCAAUUGAGAUGGCAGAUCCAAAGGCGGAGUGGAAGACAAAGAAUCGUUGGUUUGUACAGCAGAGCGGUCUUGUUUGUAUUCUGACGAAGAGGGCGAGGAAUUGACGGAACUGAAAUUAAACUUGAUUACUGCCUUCACGAAUCCAUUCCUGACAACCCUGGUACUUGUACAAAUAUUAAUACUCAUCUUCGAACGAAUUGACCAGCACCAAGAUGACGACAGCCGGAACUGAUCUGACGCUAAUAUCUGCGGCGUAAUAUGGGUUGAAGCAGCAUCGGCGCCAGACGAUCAGCAGAGAGGUGUACGGUCCAUUGCCCUGCCUGCCCAGACCAUGGAGGGAGGAUCAACUAUGUAGCUCAUGGUAACUGAGGCAACCCAAUACCGGUUCCGAGCCAAUGCUUGUCUAGAUUCUCCAGAGUUCAGAGAACAGAAAAUCGAAAUUCGAUUUAGC